CAAGAAUACAACCCUGCCUUUCAGUCCAUGGAGACACUUCCCCGGUUGGCAUUAAGCUCCACCAUCACGGAGUUUAAGUACCAUGCCUUCCCAGCACACACCAAGAUCUCCCUCCAAGUGUGCUUCUUUGGGAUCUGCUGAAAGAACAGCUAUGGAAGACAGUGAGGUAGUUAGAACCGAUAAUAAUGGAGAAAGGAAGAUGUACAAUGAAAAGAGCACAAUAGACCAGAGACCAGUGGGAAGUGGCAAAAGGAGAAUCUGCAAAACACUUGGAUAUCUAACAGGAGAAAUGAAAGCAUGUGGAGACUGGCUGAAAGAUAAACCUCUAGUUGUUCAGUUUAUUGACUGGGUCCUGCGGGGAAUAUCCCAGGUGAUGUUUGUCAACAACCCGCUCAGUGGGUUACUUAUUCUAGCUGGACUGUUGAUCCAGAAUCCUUGGUGGACGCUCACAGGCUGUUCAGGAACAGUUGUCUCAACGUUAACAGCACUUAUUCUGAGCCAAGACAGAUCGGCCAUAGCAGCAGGACUGUUCGGCUACAAUGGAGUCCUGGUGGGACUGCUCAUGGCGGUCUUCUCUGACAAAGGAGACUAUUAUUGGUGGCUUCUCCUGCCAGUUGUUGUUACAUCCAUGGCUUGCCCACUGCUUUCCAGUGCUUUAGGUUCAGUCUUCAGGAAAUGGGACCUUCCUGUUCUCACCUUGCCUUUCAACAUUGCUGUGUCUCUUUACUUGUCUGCCACUGGACACUACAACCUCUUCUUCCCUACGACGCUCAUUCAGCCUGUAACAUCAGUGCCCAAUAUCACCUGGUCUGAAAUCAAAGUGCCACUGCUGCUACAAUCCAUUCCGGCUGGCGUCGGUCAGGUGUAUGGCUGUGAUAACCCCUGGACUGGUGGCAUCUUCCUCGUUGCUUUACUCAUCUCUUCUCCACUCAUUUGCUUGCACGCUGCAAUCGGAUCAGCAGUGGGGAUGCUGGCAGCACUGACCAUUGCAAUGCCAUUUGACAGGCUCUACUUCGGCUUGGGGAGUUACAACUCUGUGCUUGCUUGCAUUGCAAUUGGAGGCAUGUACUAUGCUCUUACCUGGCAGACACAUUUGCUGGCACUUGCCUGUGCAUUAUUUUGUGCCUAUGCUGGAGCAGCUCUUGCUAAUAUCUUGUGCGCGAUUGGAUUACCAGCCUGCACCUGGCCUUUCUGCUUCUCUGCACUUCUCUUUUUGCUCCUAACUACAAAUAACUCCGCAAUCUACAAGCUGCCACUCUGCAAAGUCACUUACCCAGAAGCCAACAGAGUCUACUACCUGAGAAUGAAGAGAAGAGAGCAGAAGCCCACUGGUGAUUAGCCAAUACAAAUGGGAGGCACUUUGUGAUCCCCAAUGUAGCUGCACAUACUGAUCUCAA